GGUCGGAAACCCCGUCCGUUCUUUUUACAGCAGCUCCGCUCAGCAGAGACUAGAAGAUGCCCGCUAAAGGUCCUUUGCAGUCGGUCCAGGUUUUUGGGCGAAAGAAAACAGCAACUGCUGUUGCUCACUGCAAACGAGGAAAUGGUCUCAUCAAAGUGAAUGGAAGGCCUCUGGAACAGAUUGAGCCAAGAACUUUGCAGUACAAAUUGUUGGAACCCGUUUUACUGUUGGGCAAGGAAAGAUUCGCUGGAGUCGACAUCAGAGUUCGUGUGAAGGGUGGUGGUCAUGUAGCCCAAAUCUAUGCCAUCCGUCAAUCUAUUUCCAAAGCAUUGGUGGCAUAUUACCAGAAAUAUGUAGAUGAAGCCUCUAAGAAGGAAAUUAAGGACAUCCUCAUACAGUAUGACAGGACCUUGUUGGUUGCUGAUCCACGCCGUUGUGAGGCCAAGAAAUUUGGUGGACCUGGUGCCCGUGCACGCUACCAGAAAUCUUACCGUUAAAUCCUUCAGUUAAAUGUGGCAAAUAAAAUUGUGACUGUCA